AUGGGCCCGAUUGAAAGCUUAGUUAUUACUUCAGUGAAAGGCCAGUAUAAUCACCCCUCAGAAACCAAACAAAAAAUUUCAAGACAAAUUGUUACUGCAGCAUGCAAGAGGAAAACAGAAAGUGAUAUAGUGGAAAAACCAGCAAAAAUUAUUCGAAGUGCUAUAGAUAAAACAGACCACGUUAGUGUUUUAACCUGCAACGACUUAAAAUGUAUAAGGGAGAAUAUGUACAAUCAACGUCGAAAAACGUAUCCGACUAUACCGCGCAACGCAGAGGAAGUACACAAGUUCCUUAGUGAUUUUCAUAAUAAUUACAAGACAUUCAAAAAUGAAGAGUUUAUUCUAUACAAUGAAUGUUCACAAGGAAUAAUUGUUUUGGGAUGUAAAGCAAAUUUAGCAGUUUUAGCUAAAUCAGAGAUUUUAUACAUGGACGGAACUUUCCAAUAUUGCACAAAAUUUUUUAAACAACUUUUUACUGUGCAUGGUUAUUUUGAUGGACACUACAUUCCAUUAUUAUUCUGCUUACUUAAAGAUAAGUGCGAGUUAACAUACAAGUUGUGCUUACAGGAAGUUAAAAAUCUGUGUUCUGAACAUAAUUUGCUUCUUCGACCCACAAAAAUUGUAUUAGACUUCGAAACUGCUAUUCACAAUGCCGUGAAAUAUGUAUGGACUGACAUCAUAAUCCAUGGGUGCAGAUUUCACCUAACGCAAUCUUGGUGGCGCAAAAUUCAAAGUUUAGGCUUAUCUUGUGAAUAUAAAGACAAAAGUUCUGAUAUCGGAAAAUGGUUGCGUUUGUGUUUUGGUAUGGUUCUCCUAGAUAAAAAUAUUGUUAGUGACUUUUUUGUAUUUGAAAUGAUGGAAGUGACGCCAAAUGAUACGCGAGUUAUACAGUUUGCGGACUAUCUAACUGAUCAUUAUAUUUCCGAAGAAUCUAAAUUUCCCCCAAACAUUUGGGCGGAUGCUAGUGCCGAAUUAAAUCAAACAACAAACGCCUGUGAAUCUUUCCAUUCACACUUUAACAAUUCAUUUCAUUACUGUUCGCCAUCAAUUUUUGAUUUCAUGACAGUUUUGACUAAAUUUCAAAAUGAGGUUUAUAUCAAAUGUAACAGUAUAAAUACUCCUAUAAAAUCGAGGAAUUCGCAUACUUUACGAAGAAAGCGCUUUUUGGAGAAUCUUUUACAGGAUCUUAAGAACAAUCACAUUACAACCAUGCAUUUUACAUCUCAGCUUCCUGCUUCCACCCACUUAUACUAUCUCAAUAAAACUGAAUUCGAUCUCGAUCUUCGAUCUGGAUGGAAGAUUCAAACUUCAGCAAAACGCAUUGUAUCAACUCAACUCAAACCACUUUAG